GCUUGGCUACUGUCAAGAUUGUUUCUAAAGUCGUUGUCAAGUGUCAGCUACGUCAAGAAUAGUCAAGAAGUCAAUCGAGUGAAAGAAUUGAAAUAUUUUUAAUUCAGACAAACGGUCGUUUGUUAUUUUGUACGAUAAUAAAAUGGACAUGUAAAUAAUUUGAAUGCUUGACACUUUCUCUUAAUUGUAAUUAAAGUGAUUGUAACCAAACUUGGAACGAAACGAAAAAUAAAAACUAGGAAAUCAAAGAGAAAAAAUACAAGUUUUUAGAAGAUGUCUCAAACAUGGGACAUUUUGCCACUACUUCCACUGAGGUGUGUGCUGGAUUACCUGAGCAUGGAGGAUGCCUUGGCAGCAAUGUCCACAUGUAGGCAUUGGAGGGAUGCUGUUUUAUUAUAUGAAGGAUAUAAGGAAACUGUAAAGCUAAACACAGGGAAUUUAGAAAAGAAUUUGUUUUUAACGCGCAUGUUCAGAAGGAACGCUAGGAAACUACAUAUAGUCAUCGAGAAUGAAGUGGAUUUAGACAAAUUCGUCAGCUUCGUGUUACCACAAUAUUUCGAUUCUGUGAAAUUAACGGAACUAACGUUCGUCGGGCCCAGUUACGUGCGUGUCAACAAAAUGCCCAUUGUAAAAUUGAAAAGGAUAAUAACCGAGAGUCUUAUAUUGAAACACGCGCAUAGUUUACAGAGCUUAUCGAUAUUAGGUUGUGAAAUGGGCUUCGCCAAAAAUGAUAACGAGAGGUAUCAUAAUAAACAAGUGGAGUAUUUUUCGAGGUCUCUAUCAUUCAACACCGUCCCGUGUCCCGAGGACUCGGUCCUGUCCAGUAGGAACGUCAAUCUGAUGAUGUUCUCAUCGUUGCAGCAUAUCAUAUUAGAUUACGAGCAGGUGAACAAUCCGUCGUUGGAGACGCUCUCGAACCUGUCCAACUUCAAUAUGCUAUCGCUGAACGUGAUGUACAAGAGGAACAUGAGGCUGAAGCGUCUGGACUGGCACCGAAUCAACAGGGUCUUCGAUAAUAGAUUGAAUGUUGCCGUCAAUAUUAUCACUACACCGUAUAGGAUGUUCUACGAAUUGAUGAACAACGUUCUAGUCGAGGGGAUGUCUCUGUGUUCAUUAAAGGUGUUUUUCUGCGAGGCCCUUCACACGCCGUUCCUGCAUCAUGUCGUCGAUAAAUUCCACCUGACGCUGCGGGAGCUCGUGUGGGUGGACUGCCCGAAUGACUCAAACGAUAAGUACGAGCGCCUCAUCAGUUCCACGCACAACAUUAUUGCGGAGGACUCGAUAAAUGUGAAUCCUUUCGUAUUGCUCUGCUGGCAAUGUGAACGAUUGCAGAGACUCGUUAUUCAUGGGUACUGGAUCUGGCAGUAUGACGUCAUCGGGUUCGUGCGGCUUCGCAAGUCGCUCCGGCAGCUGGACGUGUCGGCGGUGCACCGGCGCCGGGGCCGCGCCGCCGCCGGCCCGCCGCGCGUGCUGCUCGCCGACGUGGCCGACAUCACCUCGCCCAGAGCCGUGCAGGCCUCCCGUAUCCCGGAGCUGAAGUGGCGGCCGACGCCGUGGGGGGCGCUGCACCCGGCGCUGCGCUCCCGCUCGCGCGCCAAGCAGCGCCUCGACUACAUCCGCCGCGAGCUGGCGCGCCCCACCGCCUGCAGGUACAGAAAGGAUCGAGUUGACCAAAGUUAAGUGUUUUUGCUUGGAUACCUUCAAACUUAUAUUUUUGUUAUUAUUGAUUUAUUGUCAAUUUAAGUAAUCUUGAUCAAAUCAAAUAUUUGAAUUGAUUUUAUGUUUAAAAUAAAUAUUGGAAAUAGAAUUGAAUGUGGUUAAUAGCAUAAUUGAAUGGUAUUGAUAAUAAAAGUUACUUAGUCUGUGACUGUCAGAAACUGACCGAAAAAAAGUAUUAAUACUAAGUUAUCAUUUUUUAUGAAGCUUUAAAGAAUAUUUGACAGGGUUUGACAAAAAUGGCGACCGCUACCAAUAUCACCGUUGUAAGGUUACCGAUUUUAGAUUUAAUCGUUUUUUCUUGUUUGGAAAUAAUAAAAUGUAUUUGUUACUGUUUUGGAUCGAAGGUAGACUGUCACUGUGUCGUUUUUGUAUGACCACAUUCAGUUCUAAUGUUCAUUUAAAUAGAUGUCUGACGUGAAACGUUUUGUUAUACAAACGCGAACUAUAGUGUGUUCUUUGACUUUGCUAAUCGAAAAUUUUAAAAAAUAUUAAGAGUAAAUUUGUUUUUAUGUCUCUGAAACAGAUUCUAGGGAUAGUGCAAGACAUGGAAAUAGCAGUAAUUGUAAUUUAAAGAAAUAAGAGAAUAUGCAAUUUUUUUAUAUGCAAAGCAUAUCGACGCUUGAAAGGCCAACGUGACUAAGCGACAAUGCGUGAACUUUACAGUAGACUAAUUUAAAGUUGAAAUACCUGAAAACAAAAUUUAUUUUAACGAAUCCAGCUGUACUAGAAUCUAGCUAGUAGCUGUAGGAUUGAAAUGAUUUUAAUAGACCUAGAAAUAUAUUUUUUUUGCGCAUCGAAUAUGGUUAUUGCCUAUAAUUUAUGUACUAAGCAGUUAUUGUCGCUUAAUCACUUUUGCCUUUCAAGCGCCGAUAUAUUUUUUUUUAUUGUUAGGGCGAAUUAAUAACUGACACGGAUACGUCUUAUCAAAGUAUCGAUCAAAGACAACAGUGAAAAUGUUCAACUUAAGUUGGGGUUGCCAGCUAUGACGUAAAAUUUCUAUUUGGAUGUUAAAUUUUUUCGACCCCCAUGUAUUGACGAAUUGCGACUUGAUUGCAAUCAAUUUUAAUAUAAAAGUUUAUUUUGACGAAAAUACGCGGCUACACGGUAUCAUAUAUAAUUCAUACAAGCGUUAAAAGUUGGUAUCUCAAAUAAAAAAGGGUGCGUGUACUUAUGUACGCGCGUCAGAAGUUAUACUUUAUUUUUAUUAAAUUUAUUUCUUUUUUUUUUAAAUAUUAAAUAAUUAAUAAUAAAUAUUUAACGUUAAUAAUUUAAUAUAAUUUAGUAUGAAUUAUAUUAAAUAAUAAUUUUGUCAGUUAUAUUACUAAAUAAUACAUACGGAUAGUUAACCUCAAUUGUAUUGGAGCACUUGUGGGCAACUACAUUUCUGUUAAUUUUGUGUCACGGUGCGCGCGCAUCGUAAAAUUUCACUCUCAUCAAUUUUUCAUAACGCGCCUAAAGAAGUAUAACUUUAAUAAUACAACCUAUAAUAGACCUUUAGUUUCCAAGUUAAGUCUGAGUGCACACUAUGCGUAUCGUUUAUAAUUGUAUAUUUUUCGAGUGAAUUGUUUCGACCUCUGAAACAUGGUGAAUGUUCAAAGAAAAUCUCACCUCUAAUUAUGUAACAACAAUCUCAGUUUCAUUCGGAUGAAUUCGGACAAUCGAUACAAAGCAUUCGAAAAAAAAAAUAUAUCAUAGAAAAAUUUUCUAGAACGUUCGAUCGAAACAUUAGUUUUAUUAUAACUUUUAGUAAUAAGUAAACUUUUUAUUACGUAGUUAGACGUUUAAAAUGGUGUCGUCGUUUCAUUGUUAUUAUCGUAAUGGAGAUUGGGAAUUUUUCGAUAUUAAAAUUAAACUAAAUAUUAUGUUUAUCAUAAAUUUCUCGAUGAUGACCUAAAUUUCACAUAAAACAAAAUACAUUUAUAUUUUUUACGUACGACAAUGAUUAAUAAUGCCUUCAUGAGUUAAGGAGCGGGUUAAAGAUUUAUAAAAAGCUCACCUUUGGAAAAAAGCAAUAUCGUUAUUAAAUAUCGAUAUAAAAAUAGAGUUGCAAAGAGUAAGUUUACGAAACUCACUAUUUUACUCUUAUGAAGAAAGUUCCUGAAUAUUUUUUUUUUGUUUCAUAAAAAAAUCACAUCUCUAUAUUGAAAAUGUUAAUGCACCUUAAAUAAUUUAAAUGUCGCCGCACGGCUUGUAUAUAGAAAUGCGUUAUAGGAUAAAAUGUUGUUUAUGAAUCACUUAUUUUUUUCGAGGCUCACAGAUUUUAAUGUCACUGUAGUCACGGAAUCCUUUGCUAUGAUCAAGGGCCUAUAUAAAAAAAAAAAUAUAAAAAUAUAUCAACGAAGAUAUAAUUGAAUAUGCAAUUUCGAAAAGGGCACAUGUCGCAUAUUUUGUCAAAUACGUUUUUUCAUAUACAUGUAGUUUUGAGGCUUACCUACACCCGUUUUAUAAUAAUUCCAGUAAUUUUCUUUAAUUGAUAUUUAACACUACAAUAUAUCUCAAGAGUUAAUAUUUUAAAUUUUACACUGCUUUAGAAAAUAAUCAGUUUUUUUCAUAUCCUGAACAUUUUACAUUUUCAGAGAUGUGCCCUUUUCGAAAUUUUCUUAUUCAAUUGAACCAAUUGAUUUAGAUUUUGCCAUAUGGAACUUAUUCGCAAAUGUGUAGUCCGUAUUUACGAUGACUUAAAAUCUUGUAUUUUUUAUUUUCUUUUAAUUCUUCCUAAAUUUUUAUAUAAUCUAUUCGUGGAUUACAUGUUUUUCGGGUUUUUCGUCACUUAUUAUCUUUUCUAAUAAUUUCUUUAUUUUAAUUUUUUUCUUAAUUAAAGUAAUGGUGUAUAAGUUUUAGGUAUUUUAAUGCAAACGCCGAGCGUAAAAAAAACAUUAAAAAAAGACUUUUAAAUUCGAUUACAUAUACAUACAUAUAUAUAUAAAUUUGUUAUUUCUAAUAAAUAGAUAAAGUUCACUGAAAAUAUUUCCCCACCUUGAAGAAAGAAAGAACGUGUAAAAAUGUAAAAAAAUAAUAAUAAUAAUAUCGCUCUUAAAAAACAAAUGAGAAAGGCCGAAUGAUAUGUUUACUGGCAACAUCUCUCAACGAACUCUUGCGUGUAAUGCAGUUACGUGAUCGAAUAGAGUGCGGACUGCGUCUAUUAGUCGAUUAUUUUUUAUCGUUUUGUAAUAUCGAUAUUACGAAACCGAUAUAGACGAUUAAUUAAUUUGAAUAGAUCUUUAUAAUCACGUUUUGUUAAUGCCAAUUUUUCCUCUUAGGUAGAGAUAAUAGUAAUCUAAGAUUUCUAAUCAUCAAACGAACUGAAUAAAGAAAUUGUAAAUAUUAGAACAAAAGUCUGAAUUGAAAACAUAAUUGAUCUACUUCUACGAAAAAGAAUCCGUGUUGUGUCAACAAAAUAUUUUAAUACAUAGUUACAGCAGCUUUAAAACGACACGUAAAAUAUUAAUAAUAAUAAUAAUAAUUAAAAAAAAACGAAAGUUCCCUAAGCGAACUAAAAAAAGACUAAACCUAGUUAAGUGAAUGAAAUCAUAUUUCAACGAACACGAUCGUAAUUAGACUAAAUUUGGAAGUUGAAACUGAAGAACUACGGUAACCGUCUAGUCAACGAGCCCUUGAACUGCAAAUACACGCCAAUCAAAACAAAGGGCUUCUUAAUAUCUCGAAAAGCAUUGCACAAGAACAAUAAUAUUAAUACGAAUAAAAACGAAAAGUAUUACAAAUACACAUAUUAUUAUCAAAAUAUAGCUUUAAGUGAGACGCUUUUACUGUAUCAAAUGCAGUUUACAUUACUAUUAUUAUAUAUAUCUAAGUGCCACUUUUCUUAUUCGAAUAAAUAAAUGAAAAAUAUCGACAUAUGCGGGGCAGCUCUUGCAUGAAAAAAAAACGAAAAAUAAUUUAAAUCUCUUGUUGAAUUUAUCGACCAAACUUUCGAUAUCGUAUCGAUUUUUUUUAUAAUUUACAAUUAAGAGAAAUGAUUUUUAUUAUGACGAACCAUUUAUCGAUAUAAAAUAAUCGAGUUAACAUCGUAAUACGAUAGUUUCGAUAGUAUUUGAAAACCAUAAAAUAGUCUUAAGUAAUUGCGCGUUGAACAAAACGGCUCUGUUGUUUCUGUAUACAUUGUAUACAAUAAUUGAUUUGUUUCAGUUAACCCUUUGACUACUACGUAGGUCACCGGUACCCUACGUGGCGCAUUGAAGUAAUCACAUCAAUUUCUAUUACUAAGGCGCCCCUCCACGGUGUUUCCCGAGCGCUAUGACAUGUCCUUCUUCAAAGAAUUCUUGUGGAGAGUAUUAAACGGUAGGCAGCGGCUUGGCUCUGCUCCUGGCAUUGCUGAUGUGGCUCAGGUGGGCCGUACGCUCGUCUGCCUAUACGACAAAAAAAAAUCUAGUAAACUCUGGGAGAGACGAAUCUAUUUCUAAGUGACCUAAAAGACAAACAAAAGAAGGCUAAGUUAGGCAACCUAGGCGCUUAAUAACAGAAAUCGAUACAAUUACUUCAUUGCGCCGCGUAGGACACCGGUGACCUACAUGGGAGUCAAAAGGUUCAAAUUAUCAUCCGUCCCGAUUAGCAUUGCAUUUUAAAAAGCUCAAACUGAAACUCUAACAGCGGAGCUAAACAUAAGUGUUCGCUUAAAACGUUCAAUUAAAAAUAUGCAAUCGUGUAAACACUAUUUAGCUGUUCGUAUUAUCAUCGAAGAAACUACGUCAGAUUUUAGCUUAGACAUUUCCUUUAAGCCUUUGUCAAACAGAACGCGUACUUAGCGCCGCGUACUUAACGUCGCGCUCUUUUCAUGUCACACCAAUUGACUAGAUGAGUCUAACGCUCCUUGACGCAACGCAUUCGCCAAAUCAUAGGGCCUUUUGAUAGCAGUGUGAACAUUUAAAAGUAUUAAGAAAUCGAGUGAUUCAGAUGUGGCAUUGUAUAAGCAUGGGUAUUUUCUAACUAUUUAUAUCAUUUUUUUCGGGCAUUAUCUAGUAUUUUAAUACACAUUCACUCUGACGCUAAAAUAAAAUUUGUAAAAAACUACAACGCCUGACGUCAAAGCGUCCUAACGCCGCGACAGAGCGCUGCGUACUUAUAGCGCUGGGGCUCUGUUUGACGGUAUGUUACCAUAGUAGUACAACACAUCUCGGCGUCAGUUUAGCGCUCUGACGCGCUCUAAUUACGCGUUCUGUUUGACGAAGGCUUUAGUUUAUGAGAAAAAUUAAAAUGACGAUCGCGCACAAAUAACUGUGGUCUUCUGGUAAUCAUGUAGAGACAUUGCCUUUGACAGGCGACAAGUGACUUAAUUAAUUCAAAAGUGUUUUCUCUCGAGUUUAUUAUUAGGCCAAUAUACGUUUAGGCCAAAAAUGUCUUGCUUCAAAUGAACGUGUAAGAGCGAAACACUUUCUAGAAUUUCUUAAUAGAAAAAAAAAACGUUUUCCUUAUUUUUUUAUGACAAAAUUUUACGAGUAAUAAAACGUUCAAUAGUAAGUAUGCGAACAAUAUAUUUUGUAAGGCAACGAUGAGACUUACCAACUAACAUUCCCUUAGACUGAAAACUGUAUAGGAGAGAGGCUAAUAUAACCGAAGCGAAACUUCAGAACCAAAACGCGUACAUAAUAUUUUACAGCAAAAAUGUAUUGUGAAUAAUGUCGGAGACACUGUUUUUUGAUAACACACAGACACCCUACCAAACUAGUAUUUAGUAUUUUCUUCGGUCUUCGCGAGUCGUAAAGACAAUAAAAACGAUGUAAUUUACACUUUAAUGUCAUGUUUUUAAGUGUCACUAUAUUAAAAAUAAAUAAUAUAAAUAAAUAUUUACUAACAAUCACGCCACGUUAACUGGUCCCGUGAUAAGUUCGUAAAGAACUUGUGUUACAGGUACCAGAUAACGGAUAUAAAUGUAAGAUUUUUUUAUUAUACACAUACAUAUAUUUAAUAUACAAUCCAUAACCCUGGAAAAUACAUUUUAUAUUUAUCUUACAAAUAUCUUCCCUUGGCGGGAUUCGAACCCGCGACCCCCUUGUGUAGUGACUUACCACUACACCAGACGGCCGUUUACCGUAUUUCCAACAUUAUGAAUAUAUUACUUUACAGUUUUCGUGGUCACGGACGAGCCUUCCAAGUAAAAGUAGUUCCAAAUUGUAUUUACUAGAGAAUUGCGUCACUAAUAUCCCACUCAAUAGUUAUGAAGUUGAAAUAACGUGUUUUAGGAAUUUAGUUCGAGUGUUUGAGAGUUAUCUCCCGUGUGCUUAGUGCGAGUUUCUUAACGUUUUCGAUAGCGUAAACGUUAAGCCAAUUUUGUGUGCAGUUGGAACAGCGCCAAACGUAGGCAAACGAUCCCAUUCCAUACAAAUAUGAGCUAACUUUUACGCUAUCGAGAACCUUAAAAAACUCGCACUAAGCACACUGAUCUCUAUCACAUGAUCUCUAUCUAUAGAGGUAAGAUGCGUCUCUGCGUAUAGUGCUAUCAAAAAACAGUGUCUUUUAGUUUAAUUGUGAGAAAAAUUACAUCUUUUAUAAAUCAACGAAGUUUAUAUUCAUUACGGAAUUCUUAAGUUUUGUUUAGAUAAAAUAAAAUACAAUUUUUGUGGUACAGUCGAUUUAUUUGGACCGUGCCUAGAAUGGUUUUGUUGUUGCCGAAAUGUUGUGCUCACAGAGCGCCAUCUUUGUGAGCGCGUGACGGUUGAGUUGACGAGAUUUCACAUUUUAAUUCUACAAGAACCACCACCAAGACUAAAAGGCUGUGAAACAAUUAAUUCGGUUUGGCGUGUUUAUUAAUCGAAGGCGAAAUAAUCAGGCGUGGUUUUUGAAUCGAAUUUAUAUUUUAUAUAGCGCGGAUACAAAAUUAACUAUUGUUAAAUCGAGAUUAUCGCCUAAAAUGUCUGUUUGGAUUCGCGAUCGUAGCGACUCGAUUGCUUUAUGGACCACGUGCAGGCUGAACCGAAUUGCCUAGAAUAAGAUCAUGUUUUGUUGUACUUAUCCAUCUUGAAGUUGAUCGUUGGGAUUCAUUGCGUUCAUAAAACGUUAUUUUUUUUGUUACCUUUUUUAGUGUUGCCAAUAAAGAAGAAUCGUAGUAGAAAACGUAAGGACUUUCAUAGUUCGAUACGUUUUUUGUACCGGUAUUGAUAGAUUUGUUGUUGACAAAUCGACGGGUGAAGUUAUUUGGUUUAGGCAUUUUUGCAUCUUUACUGGAGAGCCGUUUUUUUUAAAGGUUAAAAUUUGGACAAAAUACCAUUACAAAAAAAAACAUCUUCAGCUAUUUGAAAUGGGGUAAACUUAAUUGAAGUUCAAUUAAAAACAUCGAAUUGUUGAUGCUAAUCUAUCUAUCUAUCUUCUAUAUAUAUAAAAAUGAAUUGCUGUUCGUUAGUCUCGCUAAAACUCGAGAACGGCUGGACCAAUUUGGCUUAUUUUGGUCUUAAAUUAUUUGUUCCAUCCAGUAUCAGAAAAGGUUUCAAAGGUAGAUAAAUAUGAGAAUUAAAUAAAAAUAACAAUUUUGUUUUUCCUUUGAUGUGUCCCCCGUCGGACGGAUUUCUUUUGUUUGUUUUAAGUAUAUUUUAUACAAAAGCUUAAGUCUUUUAUUUAUCGAUUGAGGCACUACGAAGCCUGCCGGGUCAGGUAGUACCAAAUAAAACGGACCUUUAAGUACUUAAAUUACAAAGAUCAAUGUCGCUUAAAAACCAAAUGCCCUUUCACCCCUCGAAAUGUUUGUAAACGCGAAUGAAUCGCUUCGAUAGACCUUAUUACCGUAGUAACGAGAAGGGAAUGUGAAAGACGCAGCCAAAGUGAUAAUCGCGCUGUUGCGUGUUGGGUCCAUAAUUUUUUUUGUAUUUUGUCUUAAAUAAAUUUUUUGUUCUCUCAUUAAAAUGUGUAACUGUGGACCUGUGAUUUUUUGGAUAAAAACAUUUUUUAUUUUUUUUGAGAAUUUAUUUGUGUUGGUAAUGUUUUUUUUUUUAAUAUUAGAUCUGAAUUUUCGUAAUAAAAAUAUGUAAAAUUCCAUUUAAGAAAUGUCUGUUUGUUGUUUCGGAUUUUAUUAUGAUUAUGUGAACAGUUAUACCGUUUCAUUAUACAUAGCUUUUGCAUUAUUUUAGAAAAAAACGUUUAGUAAAUUUUUUAAUAAUAAAUUUAUUAAAUUAAUGUUGUCUAAACGAUGUACAAUCUCUUUGCCUUCAAUGUUUGAAAAUGUUUAGAUAUUUAUAAAUAUAUAUCGACGCUUGAAAGGCAAACGUGACUAAGCGACAAUGCGUGAACUUUACAGUAGACUAAUUUAAAGUUGAAAUUAAUUUAAAAUAUAUCUGAAUACCUAAAAAAAUCUAUUUUAACGAAUCUAGCUGUAGGAUAGAAAUGAUUUUAAUGGACCUAGAAAUUUUUUUUUUUUUUGGGCAUCGAAUAUGGUUAUUUUGCCUAUCAUUUAUGUACAAAGCAGCUAUUGUCGCUUAGUCACGUUUGCCUUUCAAGCGUCGAUAUAUAAACUGUUAAAGUGCAUACAAAAUGUUUACAUAAAGUUUUUUAUUCGUUUAUUUAAUUGUUUAACGACGUAAGAUUGAUUUACAGAGGGAUUCUCGAGAAAGAAUAGGUAAUGUCAAUAGUGAACCUUGCCAGGUAUAAAUAAGCGUUCUCAGACAAACUCUGUACUGUUUUUACGGUUAAUAUCUGAUCGAUGUCAAUCCCUCAAUAUCGUAUUAACGAUUUUAAGUGAAAACUAUCAAAACCUGAUAAUUUUGCCCAAAGAUAAGUAAUCUUUUGUGUAAAUCAAUCUUAAUACAUUAAUUUUUGUAAAAACAAAUUGAAAAAAAAUUUUUUUUUCGGUUUAAGUCAUAACCUAAUUUUGACAGUUGGCUUUACGUCACGUUACAUCAGUAUUCUAAUUCGUCAAAAUUGUGGUCUCUGGCUUUUUAUAGGGGCUUGUACUUAAAAUUAUCGUUUAGAAAUAUGUAUUCACAUUUCUAUUUAUCUUAUUGAUAUUAAUUGUUAUGUAUGUCACUCUUAUUGAAUAUAUUCGUAUGUGUAGUAGCAAAA